AUGUCAGCAGAUAAAUUUAUUACCUUUAAUAACGGAAACAAAUUCCCAAGACUUGGACUUGGAACAUGGCAGGCUACCAAAGAACAAGUACAAGGUGCAGUUCGGGCAGCUCUAGAUGCUGGAUAUCGCCAUAUUGACACAGCCUUUGCUUAUGGUAAUGAGGCUGACAUUGGCGAAAUCUUACAAGAAUAUAUGAACAAUGGAAAACUCAAAAGAGAGGAUUUCUACAUCACCACAAAGCUGUGGAUUACAUAUCAUGAGCCUGAAAGAGUAUUACAAUGUUUAAAAAAAUCACUCGCAUCUUUAAAACUGGAUUACGUAGAUCUGUAUCUCAUACAUACACCAUGUGCUUACCAGGAAACUGGAGUUGGGUCGUUUUGGCCAACUACAGCCGAUGGGAAACCAGCAUUCAAACAUAUUCCAGUGGAGGACACAUGGAAGAGUAUGGAAGAAGCAGUUAAACUAGGACUAGCUAAGAAUAUCGGAGUGUCUAAUUUUAACAGUAAGCAGGUAGAAAGAAUAUGUAAAUCAGGCACCAUUAAACCUGUUACUAAUCAGGUAGAGUGCCACGCCUAUUUGAACCAAAAGAAUCUACAAGACUUCUGUAAGAAACUAGGUGUUACCAUUACUUCUUACGGUAGUCUCGGAUCACCUGGACGUCCAGGAAACUUGAAAAAAUCAGAUGAACCAGUUUUAUUACAAGAUCCUUUGAUUGUUAAAUUAGCUGAAAAAUACAAGAAAUCUCCUGGGCAGAUUUGUUUGAGAUCUUUACUCGACAGAGAUAUUCUGGUUAUACCGAAAAGUUCAAAUCCUGAUCGAAUUGUACAGAAUGGGCAGUUAUUCGAUUUCAAAUUGACAUCAGAUGAGCUUCAACAGGUUUUGGCUUUAAACAAAGACUUUAGAUAUUUUAAUUUUGAUCAGUGA